AUGAUGAAGCUUCCUCCUAGUUACAGGGAUCCGAAGAUUUUCAACAACAAAUAUAUUAUCAAAUAAUAGAUCUCGUCAGGUUCAUUCGGUAUAGUGUAUUUGGCAUUUGACAAGCACACAAGAGAGGAAGUGGCUGUGAAAAUAGAGAAGGAGGAAAACGAAGAUGUCAGUUCUCUGGAUAGAGAAAUAUCCAUCCUUAAUCGUUUGAAUGGAGUGCCUGGAACACCCAAACUCUAUUGGAGUGGAUUCGAGUAAGACUACAAUGUGAUUGUAAUCCAAAUUUUGGGCAAGGACCUGAGUCAACAUAUCAAGCAAUUUAAGAAGUUUAGUUUGAAAAGCGUAUUGCAGAUUUCAUAUCAAUUGCUGUCUACAUUGCAAUAAGUGCAUGAGAGGGGAGUAAUCCAUAGAGAUUUCAAACCAGAAAAUAUUUUGACAGGUUAUCAACAAGAGAAUGGCACUAUUUAUCUGGUGGAUUAUGGAGUGUCAAAAGUCUAUUUAGAUAAUCAUGGCAAGCACAUCCCACUCAAAGACAAGAAAUCCUUUAUCGGGACAACAAGAUAUGCAUCGAUAGCAGCACAUCGAGGUUACGAAUUAGGAAGAAAAGAUGAUGUGGAAUCAAUGUUUUAUGUUAUGAUAUAUCUCUUAAAAGGUAAAUUGCCUUGGUAAAAUUUACAAAAUAUUGGCGAUAGAGAUCGAACUGAUGUUGUAGGCGAAGUCAAAUAGAAGACUGAAGUCUCAGAAUUAUGCAAAGAUGUUCCACCUGAAUUUGCUGAAAUAUUUAAUUAUUUAAAAAAAUUAGAAUUCAAAUCUGAACCAGAUUAUAAAUACAUGUUAUCUCUCUUGCUCAAGGCAUCCACUAAUAAUCAUAUAAUUCUAGAUAAGUUAUUCGAAUGGACUGAUCGUCAAACCAAAAUUAAAGAUCAAAUGAUUUGGGCUUUGUCAGAAGAAAAAUAGAAAUAACCACAAAUGAAUAGUUCGUAAUAAAUCAUGGGUUCCAAUAAUCUCCUCAAACCUCCUGAAGCAAUGAGAGCCACAGGAGGAUCUCCUAUUCGGAUGGAGUCGAAACAUCUCACAAGUACCUCAAUUCAAGGCUCUUUGUCUUCCAUGAUGAUUAAAUAUAUCCCAUCUUAAGUCGAAAACACAAGCAUGUGCAAUCAAGAUGAUAAACGUUCCAAAAGCAAAAAGAGCAAACGAAGUAGAAAGAGUGCCAAGUCCUCUAAACGUUAAUCAGUCAUCUUUCAUAGUGGAGUCUAGAUUAUUGAACCUAAAGAUUAACUUAGAGUAACCCAAAUAUUAAUUAUAUUCUAGAGACAUAAAACUAUUGAUUCAACUUGGGGAUUUUAAUAGUGCAUGAAUGAAUUCAGUGGAGAUGAGGACUCUUAAAAGCUAUCCAAAAAAUAUCAUUAAUUGUAGGCAAGCAGUCUUCAUCCAAAGAAAAUCCCCAAAAGUACUUCUAAAAUAUGA